AUGGAAUCAAUCAACAACGGUUAUGAUUACCUUUUUUUCAAUAUAUUUUGGACAAUUGUUUUAAUUGGUUUAUCAACCAAACAUUUUAGUGUUUGGAUGAGAAGAUUAUCUCAUCCAAAUAAAUUAAAUAUUAAUAAUAAUCAAAAUAUAAAUAAUAUAAAUAAUACAAAUAAUAAUAAUAAUAUAGUAGAUGAUCAACAAUUAAAUUUACAAUCAAUUCAACAACAAAUAUUAUUACAAGAAGACAAACAUCAACAACCAUCAUUGUCAUCAAAUGAAUACCAUGAAAAUAAUUUAAUUGAUGAAGCUCAUUUUGAACAUCAAGAUUCCACUCUUCCAAUAUCAUCAUCGUCAUCGUCAUCUGGAUCAAGUACAUCACUUGAUCUUGGAUCAUUAAAAGUUGGAAAUAAUGGAACGAUAUCAUUACAACAACUUUAUUCAUCACCAUUAUUUUCACCAUCUUCUUCUUCAUCUACACCAAGUCAAAAUUUAUCACCAACAUCAAACAGUAGUAGUAGUAGUAGUAGUUCAGAUUCAAAUCCAAACUCUUCUUCUUCUUCUUCUUCUUCAUCAUCAUCAUCAUCAAUAUCAACUAUUUCACCAUCAACUUCACAAUCAUCUGGAACAACCAAUGUUUUUCAAACCAUUGAUUCGCUAAGUUAUAUUUCACAUGAGAUUCGAACACCACUUCAUCAUAUACUUUAUCAGAUUGAUGAAAUCAAAACCGAACUUGACAAGUCUGAUAUUAAAAAGGCAAAGAUGAAAGGAAAGGUUAGAGACAUUGAAGAAUCGGUCAAACAACUUCAUGGUUUGUUAAACUCUGUUUUGGACAUGUCCAAAUGUGUCGAUGGUAAAGUCGUCCUCAAUCAAAUAGACUUUAGUCUUCCCGUACUAAUCGAAGAGAUUUGUUCCUUUGUCUCUCCAUUUGCCAAAGAAAAAGGUAUUCAAAUUGCUUCUUAUAUUUAUCCUCAUUGUCCAAUUAGUAUUUAUGGUGAUCCUGGUAGAUUAAGACAAGUACUUUUUAAUUUAAUAACAAAUGGAGUAAAAUAUACAGAAAAAGGACAAGUUAUCAUUAGAGUAGAGAGUGAACCAUCAAUAUCACAACAAUUAAAUUUAAAGUUUGAAAUUAUUGAUUCUGGUAUUGGUAUUAAGGAAGAGGAUAUACCUAGACUGUUUAAAUCAUUUUCACAGUUGCAUGAGGGUAAACAUCCGUCAGAGAAAACUGGUCAUGGACUGGGACUGGCCAUUGCCAAGGGUUUGGUUGAAAUCAUGGAUGGCACACUAGAGUGUACGAGCAAGGAGGGUGAAGGCACGACGUUUACCGUGACACUGUCGUUUGAACAACAACAGCAACAACUGCAUUGCACCAGCACCAUCAACAAUUUCAAGGGGUUGCCCGUGUUGGUCGUCGAUUCCAACGAUGUCAUCCGCUCGAUUGUUUGUAAAUAUUUAAAGGAUUGGAAUUGUGAAGUGUUUGAUUGUGCUACGAUUGAAGAAGCGUCAUACUAUCUAGAAGACCAUAAGGACGUGUCGGUCAUCUAUGUAGAUACUCAUCUCAGUAAUCAGUAUGAAGUAAAACGUCUCAAACGACGUAUUGAAAAGGGUAAUUAUGGUGAUGACCUAAAGUUGGUACUCGUCUCAAGUGACAGGAACUUUAUCAAGGGAUUGCAACUCACCAACACUGCUGCCAUUUACAAACCCAUCCAACAACUCUAUAUUUACGCGUCACUACUCCUCUCACUACCACAAAAACCAAUGCGUACCAUCUCUGCGCCAUCUGCUCUUUGUAGUCCUUCCUCCAUGUCUCCUUGUGCCACCCCUUCGAUCUCUGUAUCACUACCAGCCCUAUCAUCUGCCAAUUCUAACUCUAACAACAACAACAUCAACAACAAACCAACAUUAUCAUCUGGUCAAUAUCAACUUUGGAAAUCUCAAAAUACUCUUCCAAAUAUUAUGAUUAAUGAAAAUGAUAAUAAUAACAAUAAUAAUAAUGAUAAUGGAAUGAUUCAACAACAACAACAACAACAACAAAUAUUUAAUGAAAUUUCAUCACCUGAUCCACAACAAUUAUUACAAAUGAUGUCUGGUGGUGGUAAUGGUGCACCUCUAACACCAUUGAUUGAAACUUCACCUGUAUUUUCACCAGACCACCAAUACAACAACAACAGUACAGUUGAACAACCAACAUCUCUUUCAAUUUAUACGCCGGGACCACCACCUCCAUCAUCAUUUCAUACACCAAUGCGCAACCGAAGUACUUCGGGACCAAUACUAUCCUACAAGAGUACCACUAGAAGACAUUCUAUUGAUAUUGUUACACUGGAAACACCAACCUUUUCCUUUUUAGACACUCGUCCAACCUAUAAUGUAAAUAGGCCAUCCAAUUUAAACCCUCCUUGUACCAAAGAGGUUGAUGAAGAAAGUUCUAGUCCUCAACAUACACAAUCUUCUUCUCCACCCUUAUCCUCUUCAACAGUACCAACUCCAACUACAAAUAGUCCAAGUAUUAAUUUAUUGGACAAACAAAAUUUAGAUUUAAAUCAAAUAUCAACCAAAAUAUUAGUAAUUGAUGAUAAUCCAACCAAUUUAAAGAUAUUUAAAAAUAUUAUAUCAUCAAAAGGUUACUUUUGUGAAACUGCAGCUUCUGGUGGUAUUGGAUUGGAAAUGAUGGGAAAGAUGGAUUAUUCUUUGGUGUUUGUUGACUUUCAAAUGCCCAUAAUGGAUGGUCCAACCUUUUCUAGUAUCGUCAGAAAGGAAAAUCAUUCGGUUCCCAUCAUCGCUGUCACUGCUCAUUCUCCAUCCGACAUUCGUGAUCUUUGUCUUGGUUCUGGAAUGAAUGACGUUUACUCUAAACCAAUUAAAAAAGAAGAAGUUUAUACAUUGAUUAACAAAUACCUUUCAAUCAAUUAA